AUGAAUAGGGAAUAUUCAUCAAAGCCAAUUACAUAUUUCUGGGAUAUAGAUAUUGCUAUUAAUGCAUUAAAGGAAAAUGCUGUAGAUUGUGUUUUAUUUUUUGGUUUUAUUGUAAGUAUUUUGGGGUCAUUCUAUUUUUUGUAUUGGCUAAAAACGUGUGAAAUGGGAAAUGUGUGUACCAAAAGUUAUUAG